AUGACGACAGCAGCAGACUCUACGAGCCCCAUGGCAGGGCUCACGCGCUCGAGUCAAGCUUCGACUUCGGCAUCGACGCUCGAGAGUUUCCUCGAAUCUGCCACUGCUCUUGUCUCGCCUGCGAGUGAAACGACGUUUCCAUCAACGCCUGCCUCUGAUCGGCUGCCAAUAUCGCGCACACGUCCAGCGGCCACUUUGCGAGCUGGAAAAGCAGCGGCAACAGCAGCAGAGACGCCGCUUACACCUACCGAAAUUGCCCGAGUCAGAGCAUAUCAACAGCUUCAUCGUACAGAAUCUGCGCUCAACGCAUCGCCAGCUGGCAAUGUCGUGGAAGUCGAGAGCUCGUCGUCAUCACAGAGAGAUGCAAAUCAACAUGUGCGGUCGCACGCGCAUCCGGCGACGAACCACGCAUUUCUGAUCACUUAUUUUGUCGCUGGUGGUGCAGCAGGUGCUACAUCUCGAACCGUUGUUUCGCCUUUGGAAAGGCUCAAGAUCAUCAUGCAGGUUCAACCCCAAUCUUCCCAAUCGUCUUCUUCCGGCGCCGCUUCGACCACGGCGAAAAGUCGAUCUGCCGUGAAAAAUCGAGCGUACAACGGCGUCUGGACUGGCCUUGUCAAGAUGUGGCAGGAAGAAGGAUUUGCAGGUUUUAUGCGCGGCAACGGUAUCAACUGUUUGCGCAUUGCGCCUUACUCUGCUGUGCAGUUUACGACGUACGAAAUGUGCAAGACGUAUUUGCGACAAGAGGGCAGCGACGAAUUGGAUGUCAUGCGAAAACUCACCGCGGGAGCAAUCGCCGGAAUUGCGAGUGUCGUCAGCACCUACCCGUUAGAUCUCGUUCGAUCGAGGAUCAGCAUUGCAAGUGCCAACAUGUACAACGAGGCCAAGAGCGAGGCUAUCUCGGCGUCUACCAAGAUGGCUGUAGCCGAAAGAGUGCCGGAGCAGGUCUUGCGUACGCAGAUCGCAGCGAGGCAGAAGGCUGUUCCAGGGAUUUGGGCCAUGACGACCAAGGUGUAUCGCGAAGAAGGUGGUCUUCGCGGGCUGUACCGUGGUUGCGUUCCCACUUCGGUCGGUGUGGCGCCGUACGUGGCGCUGAACUUCUACUUUUACGAAGCAGCGCGAAAACGUAUCUCGCCAGCGGACGGAAGCGAUCCUUCGGCACUCCUCAAGCUCGCCUGCGGUGCCCUGGCCGGAAGCAUCUCCCAGACCCUGACAUAUCCCCUCGACGUCCUCAGACGCAGAAUGCAGGUGGCCGGAAUGAAGGACAGCCAGGAGAAACUGGGAUACAAAGAUAAAAAUGCCAUCAAUGCUAUCCAGAAUAUCAUCAAGGCCGAAGGCGUCACUGGAUUGUACAGAGGCUUACUGCCCAAUUUGUUGAAGGUCGCACCGAGCAUCGGUACGAGCUUCCUCACCUACGAGGCGGUCAAGGGGUUCUUGGAGGUCCAUCUCGACGAUCUGCACAAGCCCGAAGACACGUCUAAGGCGGCUUGA